UGCGCGCGCUGCGUCAUCGUGUGACGUCACGUGGGCGUGGCCCCCGGCGUGAGGGCGGAACCAAAGGCAAGACCCGGACCGUUAUGCCACUCAUACUUGGCGAAGUGCUAACGGGACAGUGGUGCAAGCCAAUCGCAACCAGGGCUCUGGAAGCAGAGAGACUGGGGUGGAGAUUUAGAAGACUGCUGUUGCAGGUGGUUCUAAGAACAGAUGGAAUUUGCUAUGGAUAAUUCAUAUGAUUUCAACGAACAAAGCUCUUGUAAUGGAAUUCCAUCUGAGAAGAAAAACAACUUCCUUGUGUCAGAAGAUCAUGGACAGAAAAUCUUAAGUGUACUGCAGAAUUUUAGAGAACAAAAUGUCUUUUAUGAUUUCAAAAUAAUCAUAAAAGAUGAAAUAAUCCCAUGUCAUCGUUGUGUGUUAGCAGCAUGCAGUGAUUUUUUCAGGGCCAUGUUUGAAGUAAACAUGAAAGAAAGAGAUGAUGGAAGUGUUACCAUUACUAAUUUGUCCUCCAAAGCAGUAAAAGCUUUUCUUGAUUAUGCCUAUACUGGAAAAACAAAAAUAACUGAUAAUAAUGUGGAAAUGUUUUUCCAGUUGUCAUCAUUUCUUCAAGUUUCCUUCCUAUCCAAAGCUUGCAGUGACUUUUUAAUAAAAAGCAUUAAUCUUGUCAAUUGUUUACAUUUAUUAUCUAUUUCAGAUAGCUAUGGCUGUACUCGUUUGUUUGAUCAUGCAUUGUACUUUGUACGACAUCACUUUUCUUUAUUAUUUAAAUCUAGUGAUUUCAUAGAGUUAAAUUUUGGAGUGCUACAAAAAUGUCUGGAAUCAGACGAAUUAAAUGUUCCUGAAGAAGAAACAGUACUGAAGGUCGUCCUUAGUUGGACUAAGCAUAACUUAGAAUUAAGGCAAAAGCAUUUGCCACAUUUACUUGAAAAAGUAAGAUUACAUCAGUUAUCUGAAGAUACACUUCAAGACUGUCUGCUGAAUGAAGAGUAUUUACUCAAAAGCACAAAUUCUUUUGACAUAAUCGUGGAUGCAAUUAAGCGUGUACAAGGUUCUAGUGGACUUUUCCCAGAUGCUCGACCAUCCACAACUGAAAAAUAUAUAUUCAUUCAUAAAACUGAGGAAAAUGGAGAAAAUCAGUAUACAUUUUGCUAUAAUAUUAAAACCGAUUCAUGGAAAAUACUACCACAAUCACACCUGAUUGAUUUGCCAGGGUCUAGUCUUUCUUCUUAUGGAGAGAAAAUAUUCCUGACAGGUGGUUGUAAAGGGAAGUGUUGUAGAAAGGUUCGACUUCAUAUUGCUGAGACUUAUCAUGAUGCCACUGAUCAAACCUGGUGCUACUGUCCAGUCAAAAAUGAUUUCUUUUUGGUAUCAACUAUGAAAACACCAAGAACAAUGCAUACAUCAGUUAUGGCUCUCAAUAAAUUAUUUGUCAUAGGUGGAAAGACUAGAGGAUCUCAGGACAUUAAAAGUCUCUUAGAUGUUGAAUCUUAUAACCCUAUCUCCAAAGAAUGGGUAUCUGUUAGCCCUCUACCUAGGGGCAUAUAUUAUCCCGAAGCAAGUGCAUGUCAAAAUGUAAUAUAUGUGCUUGGAUCAGAAGUAGAGAUUACAGAUGCCUUUAACCCAUCACUUGAUUGCUUCUUUAAAUAUAAUGCUAUAACUGAUCAAUGGUCUGAACUAGUAGCAGAGUUUGGGCAGUUUUUUCAUGCUACACUAAUUAAAGCUGUCCCAGUAAACUGUACACUGUACAUAUGUGAUCUUUCCACCUAUAAAGUAUAUAGUUUUUGUCCAGAUACCUGUGUUUGGAAGGGUGAAGGAUCUUUUGAGUGUGCAGGCUUUAAUGCAGGCGCAAUUGGAAUUGAAGAUAAGAUUUAUAUCUUAGGUGGUGAUUAUGCACCAGAUGAAAUCACAGAUGAAGUGCAGGUCUACCACAGCAGCAGGUCAGAGUGGGAAGAAGUUUCUCCAAUGCCCAGAGCCUUAACUGAAUUUUACUGUCAAGUUAUUCAGUUCAAUAAAUACAGGGACCCAUGGUUUUCUAAUCAUUUCUAAAAAUGGUAUGUGCUUGGAGAUUCCUGCAAUGUGCAAUAAAUGGGUUUACCAUAAUGAUUAGUUAAAAGGUCUAUCUUAAUAAAAUAAAAUGUUCCUGCUAUUAGGUAAUUACUAUGUAUGUAUUAUAUCUAUGAAUAGCAUUUCCUGGAAACUUAAAAUAUAAAAUACAUUUUACCAAAAAUUGUAUUGAACAUAAUCUUAAAAAUCCAGAAUACUUAGUGUUUUCAUAUGUUAAGUUCUUUUUGAAAAACUAAAAAAAAGAGUUUGCAGAUUUGGACUAUGUAUACAGGGAAAUCUCUUGAGGCAGUAAAAAUCAAUUAUACACUAUAUUAUGUGACAUGAAGGAUAAAAGUUGGUAAUCUCAUCUUGAUACUAAAGUUAUAAGAAUUAUUGAAUUCCUAAUCUUUCUGAUCAUUGGUCAACUUCUUUUAAAUACUCUUACCAUUAUCUUUUCUUUUACCAUUAUUUUGGUCAGAAAUUUUUCAAAAAUGAAAUGAAAUAUAUUUCUCCACUUUUCUACACAGUACACUAAACAAAAUUUAGCUUUAUUUAUGAUUCAGCUCUUCAUUAAGAGUAUAUGGUACAAUAUUACAAUGUUACUCAAUUAGUGGUUACUUAAAUCUUUAAAAAUUGCUUAUUCUAUUGGUUUUCAGUGUCAAUUGAUUUCAAUGUUUAGUAGUACCAUAUGUCUCUUCUUAUUUUCUGGUUCAGUUUUAGUAAAUUAAAAUUCUCCAUAUACUCUAUAGCUAUAAAUUAUACUUCCCCUGAAUUUAUCUUAACAUAUAAGCCAUUGAAUGAUAUGCUUGGAUUUGGAGAUGAAGUCUUGAAAUACUUUUCCUAUAUAAAUGCCAGGUUCCAAUGAAAUUGAGUAUAGAGAAAUUUUGGUCUCCACUUAAGUGGAUUAUUAUUGUUCCAUUUCUUAAUCUUGAAAUCUGAGCUACAGUAAGAAAUGUCCUAAUAUAAUUUGUACGAUAUCAGUUUUCUUUGACAAGAUAUAAGAACUAUAAAGCACCAUGUGGCUUUAGUACUUCAGGAAAUUAUUCAUAGUCAAUUAUUUUCUAAAUUUAACGUAUGACUAGGGUUUGGGUAUUGGUAAUAAUGUUCACAAUCUGCAUCUACUUAGAUGUUUAAUAUUCACCAAAAUAAUCAGCUAGAUCUGCCUCACAAAAGGGUGUAUUUCUUUAAGGAGUUUAAAAGAUGUAGGCAUUUUAUGUCUUAAGGUCCCUAAUUUAAUCUCAGGUAAUCUGUGGAUUAUAUUUCUCUGGAACUAAAUGUAGUUUACUAGGAAGUAAAUGUUACUCAGCAGUAAAUGUAAAAUGGAAAUAUACCUAAAUGAAGGUCCUUUUAUUUUACCAUAUGAAUGUUUGAAAAUAUAAGUUUAAAUAUAUUUUUCAAAACUGAACAAGAUAGUAAAGUAAAAUUUGUUGUGAUUCCAAAAUCAGGGACUAUCUCUAAUUAGAUGACAACUAUAUAGAGUAUUCUAUAGAAUUGGUGGCCUUUCCAUAUAAGCACAUGUUUAGUGGACUUCCCUUUCCUUUACGUGUGUUGAAGAAAAAAAAAUCCAGUGGAGGUUUCUCUGUAUGUGUGCCUUUCAAAACAAAUUAAUUUGAGACUUUAACAGUGAGUGACCUAUAUGUGGAUUUACUGAACUGUUAAUGUAAGCAUUUUUGAUAGGCUAUGUUUAAAAUAAGUAUUAUAAUCAUUGACUAGCAAUUGUUCAUCUCUUCCAGAAAGAAGAAACUAAAGCAAAAUUGAAUCUCUUCCUGACACUGUUUCAUUAUCAUAUCAUCUUGAUUUUCUCCAUUCGUAUCAUUGACCAUUGAUUUAUGGUAAUGGUCCUGGAAGUACCCUUCUUGUCAAGAUCUAGGUGGCUCCCUCUACAUUUAAUUUAAAACCUUUUCUAACAGUUAAGUCCCUGACUUACGCUAGGAGAACAUUCAUAAGUUGGAUACAUUUGUAAGUACAACAAAGUGAGUUAUACACCUUUGAUGCAAAUGUAAAAUGUAUAUUGCUUUGCGCUUCCUAGCAGUCCACUCCACAUUACCACUGCUCUUCCUCUUGCUUCCAGACAUCUUGGGCUCUGAGCACUCCAGUGUAGCACUACUGCACUAUACAGUAAACACACAGCAGCACAACUGUGACAUAUCGAGCAGACAUUUGAGUUACUUCUGAGACUUGUUUGCGUCUGUGAAUAUUCAUAUGAAGUCUGUUCAUAUCUGUGAAAGUUUACAACUUGAAUGUUCAUAAGUCAGGGACUUACUAUACAGAUUUUCUGCUGUAGUUGCUACAAUUGCUAUGAGUUACUUUUAAAUUAUUUUAUCUUUUUAAUUAUUGCCAUCCCUUUAUAUCUGCACUUUUGUGUUCUCCAUCUGCCCCUGUGAGGAAAAUACUCUCUCAUAUAUAAUUCCAAACUCUCAGUGAUUUCUCAUCUAUUCUUAUUACCUCCAGAAGGAGAUAUUUUUCCUGUCUAAAUUUUGGUGAAAGAAAAUAACAUCCUUUUAUGGUUUUUUCCAUUUGACUGUUUUUUUAAAAUUUGUUUUCCUUUCAUUUUAUUCUUCAGCCAGUGUUACAGUGUAAGAAAUAGGACAAUUGUGCUUAUUAUCCAGAUUGCUGUUGAUUGAAAGUCUUCUGUUUAAUAUUUCUAAAUCCGCUAUUGUUUGUCUUGCUAUACUACAUUUGGAUUAUGCAUACAGAAAUGUUUAAACACUGUAAUAUCUCUUAAAAUUGAAAGUAGGUAUAGGUAUUGUUAAAUAUAAAAAGAUUGAACUUAACAUGAGGUCAUUUCAAAAUUAAUAGCUAUUCCUACAGAAGUUCUCAAACUUGGUCUAUAAUGUUUUACACCUUUUGUUCAUUUUACAGCCACUGGGACUAAGUAGUGUGAAGGUUAAAAUUAACCUGGUCAAAAUUAACUAAACUCUCUCAAUAUUUCACUGUAGUACAGAGAAAGAAAGAUGUCUUUAUUACAGAAGUACUCAUCACACAAUACUGUGGAAGCUAGGUUACUUGAGAACAAUGUUAUACUGCAAUAUGAUUCCAUUCUCCCAGAUAUUAAGAAGGGCCAUUGGAUGUGUGUUGUGUGCUUAGCUGCUUGAAAAUAAGAUUCAAGCAGAGAGGGAUGCAUCUAUUUUUUUGAUAUUUGGAACUCAUACAUGUCAAAAUGUAAUGAUUAAAUAUGUAGUUGAAGACAUGCUACUCCAAAAGAUCAUAAUUAAUUCUUAGAUUAAUUGGAACGCAAUUCUUUGGAAAAUUUUCUCCUCUAUAUUUAGAAUUGAAGUGUAAGAUUCCAAAAUGUCUUCCAGGGGGCAGCUCUUGAGGGCAACCUAAAAAUAUUGGUUGGAAUUUAUAGGAGAACAGACUAAGGUUCAGUGUAAGAAACAACUUUUCUUCACUUUUUAAAGUCCUCCUUUAGAAUGACACUAUUCAGUAAAGACUCUGUCAUGUGACAAAUAAUUGGCUGAAUAAUUUCCCACACAGUACUGCAUGAACAAAUAUUGUUAAAUUGGGUUUACACAUUUUGAUCUCAUUUUCUUAUAUCUGAUUAAUUACUUCUUCCAAUUUAUUUAGCAUUUCAGGCAUUCUAAUUUAGGUGGUUCUCCAUACUCAAGAUUUUUCAGUAGGACUGAGUUUUAAAACUGUAUCAUUUGAGAAAGAUUUGCAUUGAAAUGAAUCCUCUUCUCUUUUUCUUUUCUUUCUUUAAUCACUCAGGAAUUGACUAUAAAUGGUGCUGACAUUUACAGUGAGUUGUUAACUGGAGUUUUUCCUUCUAUUUCCCAUAGGUGCAUUUCUUUUUUAUGGUGAGUAAAAA